AUCGUCCGAGAAGCGGAAGAGUAUGCAGGUCUUGCCGACGCCGGAGUCGCCGAUGAGGAGCAGCUUGAAGAGCAGAUCGUACGUCUUCUUCGCCAUUUCGCCGCGGUUAUUACGCGUCUAGGAGUUCGACGGCGCCGAGAGGGAGGUAAAUAGAGGAGCCUCUUCAGCGAUCAGCAGCGACGAUGACUCUCCGCAUCGAGCGUCACGCACCGGUUAUAGCCGCCCAAGGUCGAACGAGGGCGCGUCUCUCCGGACGAGAGAGAGCCGUGCGCGUAUAUCCUCUCUUCUGUGUCGUGCACGGGCGAACCGGUCGUAGAGGAGGCGGCGUACUAUUAAAAGACGGCGCGACGUCACGCGACCGAGUCAACACGACGCAGAAGCCAUCGAGGGUAGACUCGGGGUUAUAAACGCUGGAUAUUUCAGGCCGAAUAUCGCUUGGAAUAUUAUCAUGUGGAAGAGGAAGUUCCUAGAUAACAAAUGCUGCCCAGAUAAUAUCUACGGAAGUAACAAAAAUGGAAAAUAUGUGUCGCGCUCACGAACGACGUAGUAGAUCGCCAGCGAUCGUGCACGUUGACGUUGACGUCGUCAGAAGGUGACGGGUCCCCGAGAGUCAUCGGAGUCGACGGAGUAUGGCAGCUAAGGUGCAGCAUCCGUUCGAGCCACCCAGUUCAGCGAGUUCCGAGAGCGACGACGGCGACGUGUGCCUGGACGAUCGCGAGAUCUUCCUCGCGGACGAGUUGUGCGAGGAUGCCGAACACUACAGGCCCUCCGACGUCAGCACUCCGACACCGCAAUCUCCACGUCCACCGUCCACAGGUUCACAAAAAUCUCCAAGAUCACGUAGACAACGCACUACCAGUAUGUCACAAUCGAGUAAGAAGACAUCUGCAGAAUCCAUCCUGAGAAGCAAAACACGAACCAUUUAUACAGCUGGUAGACCUCCUUGGUACAAUUCAGCUGGUCAACAAGUAGAACCUUUUGUAAUUGGUAUCUGUGGUGGCAGUGCUUCUGGGAAAACAACAGUUGCAACUAAAAUUAUAGAAUCUCUAGAUGUACCAUGGGUGACUCUCCUCAGUAUGGACUCCUUUUAUAAAGUGUUAAACGAGAAGCAGCAUGAGAUGGCUGCGCGCAAUGAGUACAACUUCGAUCACCCUGAUGCGUUCGAUUUCGAACUCCUCAAGACUACAGUGCAGCGAUUGAAGGAAGGACGCAUGAUAGAAGUUCCUAUUUAUAAUUUUGUAACACAUCGUAGGGAAAGCAGAACGAAAACCAUGUAUGGUGCCAACGUCAUUAUCUUUGAAGGAAUACUAACUUUCUACAACGUCGACGUAUUGAAAAUGUGUGACAUGAAAGUUUUCGUCGAUACCGAUGCGGAUGUCAGACUAGCCAGACGUUUGAAGAGGGAUAUUUCACAAAGAGGCAGAGAUCUGGAGGGUGUAUUGAAACAGUAUAUGCAACAUGUUCAGCCGUCGUUUUAUUAUUAUAUAGCGCCUCUUAUGGUUCAUGCAGAUAUCAUUGUACCGCGCGGAGGAGAUAACGAAGUAGCCAUAGAACUCAUUGUACAACACGUUCAUACUCAACUUCAAUUGAGAGGUUUCAAAUUGAGGGAGAAGUUGGCGCACUCGUACAUUGGUCAGCCGUUGCCUUCAUCAUUAUACUUACUUCCAGACACACCACAGAUAAAGGGUCUUCAUACAUUUAUACGUAACAAGGACACGUAUAGAGACGAAUUUAUUUUUUACUCUAAACGAUUGAUUCGUCUGGUCAUCGAAUAUGCAUUGUCUCUAUUGCCUUUUGAGGAUGUAACCGUCGAAACACCACAAGGAGUGCUGUACAGCGGCAAGCGGGGUGCAACAGAUAAGAUAUGCGGCGUGUCGAUAUUGCGUGCCGGCGAAACUAUGGAACAGGCUGUUCGGGACGUAUGUAAGGACAUACGCAUAGGAAAGAUUCUUAUUCAGACUAAUCAACAGACUGGCGAGCCCGAAUUGUAUUACCUUCGAUUACCAAAGGACAUCAAAGACUAUAGGGUAAUAUUAAUGGAUGCUACUGUUGCGACCGGUGCCGCCGCAAUCAUGGCGAUCAGGGUGCUAUUAGAUCAUGAUGUUGCUGAGGAAAAUGUGUUGUUGGCAUCUUUACUGAUGGCGGAAUCCGGCGUGCACUCUAUUGCGUACGCCUUCCCUCGAGUAAAGAUCGUCACUUCAGCACUUGAUCCUGAGAUAAACGAAAAGUUCUAUGUAUUACCUGGCAUCGGCAAUUUUGGCGAUAGAUACUUUGGCACCGAGCCAUCCGAUGAUUAAAUAGGUAUAGAUCUCUAAAGUACUUAUAUAUAUAUAUAUAUAUAUAUUUAUAUAUAUAUAUUCGCUACGUUGUGUACAUUGUGAUACAGAUAUUAAAAUAAUCUGUCAUAUAUUUAAUAAAAAGUGUGUUAUAUCAGCA